AUGCACUUGUCCAUUUUGUUUUUGUUCUUUCUCCGCAUUACCUCCGGGCUCGACGUGUCAAUCCCAACUGCCCCGCCGAUCCCUAGAGCCCCGAAGAUAUCACCAUCCUUUGUGUCCUUUUCAAUUGAACAGGACCGCUGGACGGACUGGGUGGGCUUGACGUCGAGAAAUCAAUUCUUUAUCAACACACUGGAGAAUUUGCAAGAUUUGACCGGGGUGCCACCUCAAAUUAGGAUUGGCGCUAAUAGCGAGGAUCACACAAAUUUUAACCCUAGUGCUCAGACCCCCCAACUUAUCUUUCCUGCACCGUCUACGACGGUACCCUACCCGGAAGCGACGAAUAUCACCGUUGGUAACUCUUUCUACGCAUCUGCUCGAUUCCUCCCAAACAAUACCCAUGUCAUCUGGGGUGUCAACCUAGGUCAAGAUAACAUCACAGCCGCCUUCUUGGAAGCAAAGGCGAUAAUCAGAGCAUUCCAUGCACCCGCGAUCAAGAGUGCCGGUAUCGUGUUAGAUGCAAUUGAGAUAGGCAACGAAGCAGAUUUGUACAUGAAUAACGGCGCCAGGCCGAAGACGUACACCUCGGCACAAUACGUCAAAGAAUGGAUUUCAUUUGCAGCCAAUAUCUCGGCAGCCAACGCUCCUGGCCCCCUAUAUUGGGGAGCGGCGUUUGCUGGGUCUUCUCACUCCACGUCCGGUUUUUCCCCGCAGGCCAUCUUCAACGAGGGGAUCCUGUCAUCAACGCCAGGGCAAUCGAUAUCAAUGAUAUCGCAACACCAUUACAGCGGUACCUUUUGUUUCGGGAAUGGUGCGGUAUUGCAAGACUUGAUGACAAAGGCGUACAUUAGAAGCAACUUGACAUCUUUCUCUCCUGAUAUCGCAGCAACUCGUGCGCAAGGUCUACCUUAUGUGUUAGGAGAAACCAACAGUUUUUCAUGUCAUGGAACGCCCGGAGUUAGUAACACAGCGGGCGCCGCACUGUGGACAUUGGACUAUCUGCUGUUUGCUUCACAAUUAGGAGUAUCAAGAAUUUUCUUCCAUCAAGGAAUAGGAUUCAAGUACAAUCUGAUUCAACCUGUCACCCUCACACGGUCAACUCUAGACGGAUCGAUCCUUCCUAGUCCACAGCCACCCCACGUCCAACCCCAAUACUACGCUGCCAUCAUAGCUGCUGAAGCGAUUGGAGACGGUGGGAACACUGUGGUGAUUGAGCUCAACGUUAACGACACAAGGGUGUCCGGAUAUGCGUUCUACGAAGGCACGACGCUCGCUCGCGCAGUUUUUAUAAACUCGCAGGCAUUCCUGAGGACGAACUCUGGUAACCGAGCUAGUAAACACAUUGAUUUGGACUGGGCCUCUGAAGCGCAAGAGACUAUGCGCCUGAAGCGACUGAUUAUUGGACAUGCGGAUGAUGUUUCGGGGUUAUCAUGGGGUGGUCAGAGCUAUGAAACCCCUGAUGGCACUGUGAAUGGGACUGUGGAGGUAGAGGUGCUUGACGUGUCGAGUGGCUUUGACAUUCAGGAGACUGAAGUGGUCAUGAUUACUUUCAUCUAAAGCUCAACACAAAAACGCUCAUCGCAGCCAGUAAUACACCUUACUAUACACGUCGUAAUGAAAAAUGAAAGUAACCAAA